AUGUUCAAUGACGUCCGCAACUUCGCCAAACAAUGCCUAACCUGCAUCAGGAGGAGGCACACGGCUAUCGACUUCGUCAGGGGCAACCUACUCUCAACUGGGCUGUUCGAGAUUGUCGCCUGCGACACCGUCGGCCCGAUAUGGUUCCAAAAGCGACAAUACUACCUCUUCACAUGCAUCGAUCACCUCAGCAAGUUCGCGAUCGCGGUCCCCCUCAACACCGUCCGAGCCGUAGAUCUCUGGGAAGCGUUCUACUGCAACUGGCUCAGCCUACUCGGGUCACCCCGAAAUCUGCUAAGCGACAACGCCUUCCGAGCCACCGAGUUCCAGGAACGAUGCCAAGGGCUAGGCAUCAACUGCCUGUUCUGCUCGGCGUACUACCCACAAGGGAACAGCGUCGUCGAAGCCUUCCACCAAUAUCUCAACCGCUCCAUCAGCUCCUUCACGUCGACGACCCCCUGGAGCUUCCCCGAGAUCGUCGCCUCCGCCAUGAUGGCAUACCGUUCCACCCCGCACCCUACAACCGGAGAAUCACCAUACAGGAUCGUCACCGGGGCUGACCUAGUACUCCCACACUUCCAACAGUGGCACAGAUACGAGAACCUCAUCCAAGACGUCGUUCCCCGCCUCCGGCUACUAGACACCUUCAGGCAAGACGCACUGGACCACACGCUCCGUACCAUCAGCCGACGACGAACGCCAACAACCAAAGAAAUCAAAGUGGGCGACACCGUCGUCAUGCUGCUACGAGGCAAACUCUUAGCCACGCUCCAAGAACGAUUCGGCUCCUCUAAACUCGUUCCGAACUGGUCCGAGCCCUGCCGAGUCACCGAGAUCAAGGGACACAAAGUCGUCGCCCAAUCCAUCUGGCACAAAGACCUAGUCUACGAAUCCCCGCUGUCCGAG